UAAAAGACCAGGACAAGCCAGAUUAUAAAAACAGUUGAGAUCAAUCCUUUGCCUCCUACUUCAAAAAAAUGUGGGCUGUAUUUUUUCUUGUAGGUCUUGCAGCUGCUUCAGCUCAACUUCAUAAUCACCUCUAUGAUAGAGAGAAAGUUUUUCGUGUAACUCCUCACAAUGAAGAGCAAGUAGAAUUCCUCAACACCUUGGCCAGCAACAUUAAGGUUGAUUUUUGGCAUCCAGAUUCUGUCAUACAAGUAAAACCACAAACCAGAGUUGAUUUUCGGGUUGAAGCUGACAAGUCUUUUGAUGUUGAAAACAUCCUGGAGCAGAAUGGAAUGGAAUAUGAAGUUAUGAUUGACAACGUGCAGGCUUUAUGGGAUACUCAGUUUGACAGCAACAUUCGUUCUACUGGGCACAGCUAUAAGAAAUACAACAACUGGGAAAUGAUAGCUGCUUGGACUGCAGACAUGGCUGCUCAGAGCCCAGACCUUGUCUCUCGCAGUGUGAUUGGGAGUACUUUUGAAGGGCGGCCCAUGUAUCUCCUCAAGGUGGGAAAAAGUGGUCACAACAAAAAGGCCAUCUUUAUAGACUGUGGUUUCCAUGCAAGAGAAUGGAUCUCCCCUGCAUUCUGCCAGUGGUUCGUGAAAGAGGCUGUUGAAACUUACGGAAAAGACGAACUUAUGACCCGUCUUCUCACCAACCUUGACUUCUUUGUCCUUCCUGUUCUUAAUAUUGAUGGCUAUGUCUACACCUGGACCACGAACCGCAUGUGGAGAAAGACACGUUCUAGACAUGCUGGUAGCAGCUGCGUUGGUACUGAUCCCAACAGGAAUUUUGAUGCCGGAUGGUGCACCGUUGGUGCCUCAAAACGUCCUUGUGAUGACACUUACUGUGGCAGCGCACCUGAGUCCGAAAAGGAGACCAAAGCUCUGGCUGAUUUUAUUCGUAAACAUCUUUCUACUAUCAAGGCGUACUUAACUAUUCACUCCUAUUCCCAAAUGUUGCUGUUUCCCUAUUCUUAUACUUAUGAUCAGGCAAAGAACCACAAUGAGCUGGAUGCCCUUGCUGGUGCUGCAGUUAAAGAGCUGGCUACAUUGUACAGGACAAAAUAUAUCUAUGGUCCAGGAGCCACUACAAUCUAUCCAGCUGCUGGGGGCUCUGAUGACUGGGCUUACAAUCAAGGCAUCAAGUAUGCUUUCACCUUUGAGCUCCGUGAUGCAGGCAGAUACGGCUUUCUGCUCCCUGAAUCUCAGAUAGAGGCAACCUGUGAAGAGACUAUGCUGGCAGUUAAAUAUAUUGCCAAUUAUGUCCUUGAUCAUCUAUAUUAGAAAGACAUUCCAAAAACUAAUAAUAAUGUGCAUUUCAUUUAAGUAUACUAUCCCCUGUGUCCUCUUAUUACUUUUGCUUUACAGGAUGCUGUCAGUUCUUGCUUACAUUUGAGUUUUUGAGUUAAUGGAAUUAUCUGGAGAUUUUGCUGUUAAUCCCAAAUAAA